CACGAGUCAGCGGCGAAUUUGGAGAGUGUCCAUCUUGAGUACGCUGUUCACCGUCUCCUCAAUUCCGAAAAACUCUUGCCUAUCAGUAUGGCAGACGCCGAGAAUCAGUACAUGGAGACAUCAGAGAACGGUAAUGAGGGAGGAGAAGAGCAGAAUGGAGGAGAGCAGGAAGAGUUCACAGCAACCGAGGAGGUGCAGGAUGAUGGUGGAGAUGGCGGCAAGAUCAACGCCAGCAAAGGAGAGGAUGACGCUGGGAAGAUGUUUGUAGGAGGCCUCAGCUGGGAUACAAGUAAAAAAGACCUGAAAGACUAUUUCUCCAAGUUUGGUGAGGUUUCAGACUGCACCAUCAAGAUGGACUCAACCACAGGUCGCUCCCGAGGCUUUGGCUUUGUUCUUUUCAAAGAUGCAUCUAGUGUAGAUAAGGUUCUAGAGCAGAAGGAGCAUAGGCUGGAUGGGCGUCAGAUUGAUCCCAAGAGGGCCAUGGCCAUGAAGAAGGAGCCUGCUAAGAAGAUAUUUGUUGGAGGUUUAAACCCUGAGGCCUCUGAGGACACGAUCAGGCAAUACUUUGGAGCCUUUGGAGAGAUCGAGACCAUCGAGCUUCCAAUUGACCCCAAGUCACAGAAGAGGAGGGGUUUUAUCUUCAUUACUUACAAAGAUGAAGCCAGUGUUAAGAAGUGUCUGGAGAAGAAGUUCCACACCAUCGAGACCAGCAAGUGUGAGCUGAAAAUUGCCCAGCCGAAGGAGGUGUACCAGCAGCAGCAGUAUGGAGGAGGCCGGGGGGGAUAUGGAGGCAGGGGAGGCAGAGGCCGUGGAGGUCAACAGGGUUGGAAUCAGGGCUAUGGCAACUACUGGAACCAGGGCUAUGGGAACCAAGGUUACGGCUAUGGUGGAUAUGGUGGCUAUGGCAACUAUGACUACUCUUCUGGUUACUAUGGAUAUGGCGGUGGAUAUGAUUACAACCAGGGCAAUGCCAGCUAUGGGAAAACUCCAAGACGGGGAGGUCACCAGACUAGCUACAAGCCAUACUGAUCACAUGGUAGUGCAAGGGCUCAAGUGAUCCUGUGAGACUGAGUGGGGGUACGGUGGCCCAACAGGGACACACUGGACUCUCUUCAAACUCUCCCUUUUAUGACAGAUGACCAUUUGUACAGAAACCAUCAGAAUAAAGUGUAACUUUUUUUUUCACGUGUUUGUUUUAUCGUUUUUAGGUUCUAUUUCUUUCCUCCCAUUUUCCUUUUUUUUUUUUUCCUCCAUUUCCAGUGAUGGAAGUAUAAUUUUUACUGUACUUUUUGGUACCCGUUUUGAUUCUAAUGUAUUGUAAGGGUUGUAUUUUACAUGUUUGCUGGCUUUACAGGAAAAAUCUUCACUGUAAAGGAGCAUUUUUUUCCCUUAUUUUGGUUUUUGGAAAAAAAAAUAAAACAAUUUUCAGUAAGUUUGGUUCCAGUGCUUCCAGACUCUGGGGUCAAUUUUUGAAACAAGUCACUAAAUUUCAGUCUUUUAACUUCGUGGGUUGUGUGGGUUUAGACUUAAGGCAUAGUUACUCAGUUAGCCCAUGAACUAGAAGUUGAAAAAUUUGACAAAAUGAUUUAUUUGCUUUGGGGUUUAGAUGUCUGAUGUGCCUCUGUUAGUAAGAACAGCGCUUGGAAUGCUUUUUGAGUCUAUCCAGUGUACUUGGCUGAGUAGGCCUAAUUUUAACCCGUUUAAAUGUUGGAGCUAAUGUACUUGCAACAGUUUGCUGCUCCAUAUGAGACUUCCUUCCAACCGUUGACUUGUGAAUCUUUUGCUUUCAGCCUGUAGGGUAGGCUCUUUCUGGAUAUAAUGAAAUUACAUGUGUAUCAGAUCCAUACGUGCAAGUAUGGAAAUGUCACAACAACCCAUUGUUAAUGGCGAUACAAAAUUAGAGCAUGCUACCAACUACAGAUCCCAUUUUUGCAAGGUAUCUUAAACAAUGAUUUGAUUUAGUUUCUGUCGACUUAAAUGUGUUUUUAAAUUGCCAUUGGGUUUUGAUGUGAUUGUUUUUAAAGUUAAAUGUUUGAAGUUUCCCUGGAGGGAGUUCCUGAUGCCCUGGGUUCUCCUUAGCCGGUGUCUUUGGCAGUUUGUUAGUAAUAAAUACUCUGGUUUAUAAAGUG